AUGAAUAAAGUGUUUGUUGGCUUAGUGUUUAUAAUUUGGGCUCAGAUAUGUCUCAGAGUUUCAAGCCUCUUCGUUUUCAACUCAAUGAAAACCCAUGAUUUUACAAAUGAUAACUCGGUUUCAACUCAGAACUAUUGUAUUUUAAUUAUAUGUCAUGAGACUGCAUCUUUUCAUUCUUUUGCUUCUCCAUAUUAUUGUGCCAAAGUUUUCCCAAAAUGGUAUUCCCCAAAACUUGAAAAUUUUAGGUCAUAUGGAUCAUUUAACCAGUCACAAAGCAAAAGUCAAUGGGAGGGUCAAAAAGCCAAUAAUAUUACAGUAUAA